AGGAAACGGGGAGGACUAUUAUUGUUGCCAGAGAGCUGCGAUAAUGGCGGUGUCUCGUCGCUCCUCGCAGCAACAGCAAAGUACCAUUCAGUCCCCGCCACGGAAUAGCUCUCUUAUAGCCGGCCCGCCGGGCUCUCCGCCGAUGGCGUUGUUGACUUCGACCACCGUACCCCCUGAAGGCGAACGGGAAUGCAGCGGAGGAAUGGAGAUAAGUCUGGCCUCUCCGGAUCUACCAGCCGCGGUCCUGGCGAGCAGUGCCAGCUCCACCACAACAACAUCGGGUGGCGGUAGCAGCGUCUCGAGUCCGGGCUCUGGCUGUACGAGUCCCACGGACGGGAGCAGUGGCAUCGGUGGAGCUUUCAGGGAAUUGUUCGAGGCCUGUCGGAAUGGAGACGUCUCUCGGGUGAAGAGGCUCGUCGACUCGGUGAAUGUAAACGCUAAGGACAUGGCCGGGCGAAAAUCGACCCCCCUUCAUUUCGCUGCGGGUUUUGGCAGAAAAGAUGUGGUUGAGCAUCUCUUACAGACAGGGGCCAAUGUCCAUGCCCGGGACGAUGGAGGACUCAUUCCCUUGCAUAAUGCCUGCUCGUUUGGCCACGCCGAGGUGGUCAGUCUCCUGUUAUGCCAAGGUGCCGACCCCAACGCCCGGGAUAACUGGAACUACACCCCUUUACACGAAGCUGCAAUCAAGGGCAAGAUAGACGUUUGCAUUGUCCUACUGCAGCACGGAGCUGAUCCUAAUAUCCGCAACACAGAUGGUAAAUCUGCCUUGGAUUUGGCUGACCCCUCAGCCAAAGCUGUACUAACCGGUGAAUACAAGAAGGAUGAGCUCCUGGAGGCCGCCAGGAGUGGGAAUGAGGAGAAGCUCAUGGCUCUGCUUACUCCAUUGAAUGUCAACUGCCACGCCAGCGACGGUCGCAAGUCAACAUCCCAAAAAAUGCUGUCAACGCCGCUGCACCUGGCCGCCGGGUACAACCGCGUCCGCAUCGUCCAGCUCCUCCUGCAGCACGGCGCCGACGUCCACGCCAAGGACAAAGGAGGUCUGGUUCCACUUCACAAUGCCUGCUCCUACGGUCACUUUGAGGUCACAGAGCUCCUGCUUAAACACGGGGCCUGUGUCAACGCCAUGGACCUGUGGCAGUUCACGCCGCUGCACGAGGCCGCCUCCAAGAACCGCGUGGAGGUGUGCUCGCUCCUGCUGAGCCACGGCGCGGACCCCACCCUGCUCAACUGCCACAGCAAGAGCGCCGUGGACAUGGCCCCCACCCCGGAGCUCAAGGAGAGACUCACCUACGAGUUCAAAGGUCACUCGCUGCUCCAGGCAGCGCGGGAGGCCGACAUGGCCAAGGUGAAGAAGACCCUGGCCCUGGAGAUCAUCAGCUUCAAGCACCCCCAGACCAAUGAGACCGCCCUGCAUUGUGCGGUGGCCUCCCCUCACCCCAAGCGCAAACAGGUGACCGAGCUGUUGCUGCGCAAGGGAGCCAACAUCAACGAGAAGAACAAAGACUUCAUGACGCCGCUUCACGUUGCCGCUGAGAGGGCGCACAACGACAUCCUGGAGGUCCUGCAGAAGCAUGGAGCCAAGGUCAACGCGGUGGACACGCUGGGGCAGACCUCCCUCCACCGGGCGGCGCUGGCGGGCCACAUCCAGACCUGCAGGCUGCUGCUGAGCUACGGCGCCGACCCCUCCAUCGUGUCCCUGCAGGGCUUCACUGCUGCCCAGAUGGGCAACGAGGCGGUGCAGCAGAUCCUCAACGAGAACGUCCCCACCCGUAACUCCGACGUGGACUAUCGGUUCCUGGAGGCGGCCAAAGCCGGUGACCUGGACACAGUGCAGCAACUGUGCACGCCGCAGAACGUCAACUGCCGAGACCUGGAGGGGCGCCACUCCACGCCGCUCCACUUUGCCGCCGGCUACAACCGCGUGGCGGUGGUGGAGUACCUGCUGCACCACGGCGCCGACGUCCACGCCAAAGACAAGGGCGGUCUGGUGCCCCUCCACAACGCGUGCUCCUACGGCCACUACGAGGUGGCGGAGCUCCUGGUCCGGCACGGGGCCUCGGUCAACGUGGCGGACCUCUGGAAGUUCACCCCGCUGCACGAGGCCGCCGCCAAGGGGAAGUACGAGAUCUGCAAGCUGCUGCUCAAGCACGGAGCGGACCCCACCAAGAAGAACCGUGACGGCAACAUGCCCCUGGACAUGGUGAAGGACGGGGACACGGACAUCCAGGACCUGCUGCGCGGCGACGCCGCCCUGCUGGACGCCGCCAAGAAGGGCUGCCUGGCCCGCGUGCAGAAGCUCUGCUCCCCGGAGAACAUCAACUGCAGGGACACGCAGGGCCGCAACUCCACCCCGCUGCACCUCGCAGCUGGCUACAACAACCUGGAGGUGGCAGAGUACCUGCUGGAGCACGGGGCCGACGUCAACGCCCAGGACAAGGGGGGCCUCAUCCCCCUACACAACGCCGCCUCCUACGGGCACGUGGACAUCGCGGCGCUGCUCAUCAAGUACAACACGUGCGUGAACGCCACGGACAAGUGGGCCUUCACGCCGCUCCACGAGGCGGCCCAGAAGGGCCGCACGCAGCUGUGUGCCCUGCUGCUGGCGCACGGCGCCGACCCCACCAUGAAGAACCAGGAGGGGCAGACGGCUCUGGACCUGGCCACGGCGGACGACAUCCGGGCCCUCCUGACGGACGCCAUGCCUCCGGACGCCCUGCCCAGCUGCUUCAAGCCCCAGGCCACGGUGGUCAGUGCCUCGGUCAUCUCCCCGGCCUCCACGCCCUCCUGCCUGUCGGCGGCCAGCAGCAUGGACAACCUGUCGGGCCCGCUGGGCGACCUGGCCGGGGCGGCGGGGGCCUCGGGGGGCAGCGGCGCCUCCGGGGUGGCUGACGGGGCCUCGGGCUCGGACCGCAAGGACGGAGAGAUGGCGAUGCUGGACAUGAACAUCAGCCAGUUCCUGAAGACCCUGGGCCUGGAACACCUCAGGGACAUCUUUGAGAGGGAACAGAUCACGCUGGACGUGCUGGCAGACAUGGGCCACGAGGAGCUGAAGGAGAUCGGGAUCAACGCCUACGGCCAUCGCCACAAGCUCAUCAAGGGCAUCGAGCGGCUGCUGGGCGGCCAGCAAGGUGCCAACCCCUACCUGACAUUCCACUGUGCCAACCAGGGCACGGUCCUGAUCGACCUGGCCUCCGAUGACAAGGAGUGCCAGUCUGUGGAGGAGGAGAUGCAAAGCACUAUCCGAGAGCACAGAGACGGGGGCAACGCAGGGGGCGUUUUCAGCCGUUACAACAUCAUCAAGAUCCAGAAGGUGGUGAACAAGAAGCUGCGGGAGCGCUACACCCACCGGCAGAAGGAGAUCGCCGACGAGAACCACAACCACCACAAUGAGCGCAUGCUCUUCCACGGUAACCAAGGCUCCCCCUUCAUCAACGCCAUCAUCCACAAGGGCUUCGACGAGCGCCACGCCUACAUCGGGGGCAUGUUCGGCGCCGGGAUCUACUUCGCCGAGAACUCGUCAAAGAGCAACCAGUACGUGUACGGCAUCGGCGGCGGCACGGGCUGCCCCACGCACAAAGACCGCUCCUGCUAUCUCUGCCACAGACAGAUGCUGUUCUGCCGGGUCACCCUGGGGAAGUCCUUCCUCCAAUUCAGCGCCAUGAAGAUGGCCCACGCCCCCCCCGGACACCACUCUGUGAUUGGCCGGCCCAGCGUCAACGGCCUGGCCUACGCCGAGUACGUCAUCUACCGCGGAGAGCAGGCCUUCCCGGAGUACCUCAUCACCUACCAGAUCCUUAAGCCAGAGAGCACACCACAGGCUGCAGCAGCAGCCGAGCAGAAGUCCUAGUCACACACACACACACACACACACGAGCGCACACAGGCGCCCUACACUCACACGCGCUUCCCAAAUGCGCUACACAAACACACACCCACGUGCUACACAAGGACGCUAUACCCUGUCGGUUUGCGCAAUCGUUUUUUCAACCUUUUAUUUUAUUAUGAAAAUGCUGAAUAAGCACCCUUCCCUCUAUUUGCAACACAUACUUCAAUUCAGCUGUGUCCCAGUACAGAACAUGUUAUAUCCCAGUACGCUACAAGGUAAAUAGUACAAUGUAUAUCCCAAUACAGUACAGGGUAUACAUUACAUGGUAUAUCUCAGUACAGUACAAGGUGUAUAUAGUAGAUGGUAUAUCUCAGUAAAAUACAUGGUCCGUAUUACAUGAUGACCCAUGGGAUAAUAAUAAUUUCCUACUCCUGGUGAUGACACGUCAGAUUCCAAGCUGACGGUUGUUUUUGUUAGCGUUGGCAUGUGCUACAGAUGCAUGUAUGGCCCAAUAGCCUGCAUGGGUUCCCAUUCUGCCCCUCCCCCUACCCGUCACUCUCCAACAAUCACAAAUCAACCACUACAUCAGCAAGGACGCUUGCCAAGACCAUGAAGUGUUUGUGUUUAUUUUCCUUUAAUGACAAUCCACUCCAAAAUUAUCUCCUUGCCUUGUUACUAUGAACACACACACACGCGCACACAUAUACACACACAGCAUUGUGUGUCGAGAUGGGACACACAACCACGCACUACUGCCCCUGGAUCAGAUGGACAGACGUCUUGGCUCCUCCUGUACAAAGCAUCCUCUUGUGACUGUGUUUUUAACGCUAACAAGUAACGCAACACGCACCAGCACAGACGACGACGACAUAGUUCUGCUGUACAUACGGCUUCUCACGCGACUCACAUGUUAUUAUGCAGCCAGUCUGACGGUCAUUGUCUUUUCUUCAAGGUAAUUCAUUCAGGGGUGUACAUUGUUGCAGUUGGAACUUUAAAGGCUUAUAGUUGUGCGAGCCCCUUGUGUGAUCAAGAGAGGUGGCGUGUAUUCCUGUAGGAGACCGGAAGGCCGUGAAGGAGUGUGAACGUUUAGAGUGCAUUGUGAGGGAUCAUCGCCAUUAAAUAAGCAUAUAAAACCUGAACAAAAGGCAACUCAACAAACGCUUAGUAAUGCAUCGUAUUGCACGCCAUGCAUUGUAAAUGUGUAUUUAUACCAAUGCAAAGAGCUAUCGGCAGAGAAGCUGUAGGAACGGCGUGGAGUUAAUAUUAUUGCGUGUGUAUGUGAGGGUAUCAUAUCAUGUUGAGUACAGACUGCAGUGCACCCCUGCUUUGUUAUUUUUUAGCGAUGCCUUUUUGUUGUACCUACAUAAGCAGGCGACCCCUGGGUGCUGCUCCUAUGGUCAGUAUGGCUCAUGAGAGCUCCCCCCCCGCCUUCAUCAGCCCACCUGGGUCUCACUCCCUCAUGUAUGGAUUUGCACUUAGAAAACCUAUUUAAGUUAUUUUGACAUUAAUUCUCAAGAUGUUACCUUAAUUCUCGAGGGUGGGGCCUUGUGUAGUUUUCUUUUAUUUUGAUGUACAGGUUGUGUAAAUGGAUGUGUAUAACUGUCGAUGUUUAACAGAAAACUUGUUGCGAACUGUAAAUUACAUUUUCUUUCAUGCCUUUAUCUCCCCUUUUUUCUUUUUUGAAUAAACGUCCCAGUAACA